AUGGCGUUGCACCACCCUACUGCAGAUCAUUUCCAAGGUGUGCCUUCUGGAACGAUAGAGCUAAUCGCUACUCCAUCUAUUCUACUGACAGCCUCUUGCGUUGGCAAGUUGGCCGGUUUGCGUGCAAAGAAUUCCUUCAGCAAGCUACAUUAUUUCAAUAGAAGCUUUGGCACCUUGCGUCCAAGAUCCGCGUGGGUUUGUAGUGGAAAUGACGACUUAUCGUUUACAUUCCUUGCCACACUAGCUUGUAAAGAUAUCCAUGCUCAUGGCAUAACCGUGUCUAGAAGCUUGCUGCGGCUCGUUCACACGUGUUGCCGUCUCAGUACUAAAGUAACGGGUACUAUUAAAGGCGUAAGCGUUGUAAAGUAUAACGGAUCGCAAGGAAAAGGAUAUGAAGCUGUUUAUUAUAAACUGAAUAAUAGGAGUGUGGAGGAUGGAUUAGAUGGAUGCGGUAUCUCAACAGGCCAACCAAAUGUUCAGGAUGUCAAUCUAAUGAUUCCUACUGGCUUUGCUGUGCUAGAACGAGGAUAUCAGAGGCAUAACCAGUGGGCAAUCAAGUGGCCGCCCUUGGGCUGGGCAAGCGGUAUUAGUUGGUAUAUGAAACCGAUUACUAAACAGCGCAACGCUUCAGUGUCUGUAAAACACUAUAUCCCAUGCGGAAAGUACGGUAAUAAACGAGCAUGUGAAUACGAAUCUGGCAUGUAUCCAGCGGUUUCUGGAGGAUGCAGGCUACUGGGAUCUAGUGACUAUGGUGUGUGCGGUAUUAUAACACAAAGACACUCCGGUUUUUGUCAUCGAUUUUUGACUGUCUUGAGUAUGAAACGCUCCUUACGAAAAGGGUGCUCAGAACUAAACGGCAGGACUGCCAUGGCUCAAAACAAAAAUAUGGCCUGCAAUGAAAGCUUAUCGCUUAAGUGUAUCGUAGCCGGCCUCCAUUCAAACGAUGUAAAAGAAUUCUCGCAGAAUUCGACCGCGGUUACUGAUCGACCACAAUCCUCUGUCCAAUACUGCUCCAAAGAACGCCCUGAUGCUGCAAAGUGGAGUGCUAUCUAUGGAAGGCACUGUGGAGUGGGCGCUACAGGAGUAUGCGGCAGCUCUACUGCGGGAAACGCCAGCUACUCUACAGCAAGUGAUGAUGCGGCUGUAUGCUUAGCGCCGCUUCUGACCAUAGAUCAUGAGGCUUCUCACGUGACAGAGACCGGUGCUCCAUGCAAGUGGCUAGCCCCGCUUCAAACCUCGUAUCAAUUAAAAAGUGGUGCUAUGGCUGUAGAAUCUCCACAAUUGCCUGACAUCGCUGAAUCCACUAGUCAAGGUAGUGCAGUAGAUGUUCCUCAAUUUAAGCUUUUUACUGAGCGACCUCUCAGUGAGAUAUUCCAGCUAGACACCAUCUCAGAAAAUAUGGGAUUUCUUGUUCAGUAUCUGUUUUAUCGACCUUCAAGUUUCUUUUCUGAGGCACGAAAAGGCAGCGCCUCGCUAACAGACGCGGUAAAGACAUUCCUAGAAGGACUUGGGGGAAACGAGGAUUUAUGUAAUGCCCUUACUGUCAUUGCACACAGUGCAAGCGAACCGCAGCUCGAUGCGUUGGAAACGCUCCUCACAUAUACACACGAGGAUAAUUAUGUACUGAGCGAUUUGCGUAGCAUCUUGAUACGCCUACUGGCAGAGCAGUGUUGGAGAUCUCUCUCGGCUAAAGGCUAUUCGCAUGAUUACUGCAAUGCUCUAAGGGGUGUUAUUCCCACAGAAGUGGACAGUGGUGAGUGGGGGGCAGAGACGGACGGAUGGACUCCGUGGUUUAGAUACGUUGAGCAAGGGAACUACCCUGCUGUGCAGUGCUUGAUUGGGAGGUGCAAGGGAUCGUAUCUCAAUGUCUUUAUCUCUGCUAUGGGGUAUGGUCCCUGGCUUCCCACAGCCAUGAUGAUAACUGUGGUCCUAAGAAAUGCACGGCUCUUCGAUAUUUUGUCUGGUGUAGAGACGCGUCUGCAGGACAAGUGCUUGAGAUACACCGCUCUGAUGAUUGCAGUUCUACUAGGUUGGAAUCGUGCCGUAGAAGCACUUGCUCAUUCAAAAAUUAUUGCACGCAAAGCAGAAAAUAGUGAAAAAGUAGAGUCGCACGCGACAGUACAGCAAAGUGAAGUGGGAAUGCAGGACGUAAUGGGCAAAACAGCACUUGUUUGCGCAGUGGAGACAAAUAGAGUAGCAUACAUAGAUAUGCUUAUUGGUGAGGCAGGGCUGACUGAUGGAGUCGGAACGCCUGCCAUUGCAUACGCCAUGGAUCCUGUCAAAAUGAACAUUUUUAAAAAGCUUCUGCCACUGGAGUGCAAGUGUAAAGACUCAGUUGGAAACAGCAUAUUGUAUUAUGCAAACAAGGCAAAGAUAAAGCAUUUCUCGCAGCUUGUGUUGGAUGCAUUGAGUUCUUCGAAGUAUAAAGUUGAGUGA